AUUAAAGCGGUUUACGGUUGGUUUCAACCAUCAGCAAUGUGAAGAUCAGAAUUCAGGAGAAGUCAUCGUUUCCCCUAUUAUUUCUAUCUCUAGCUCAACCACCGCCAUUUUUUAUCGUCAUUUGCUGCGGUCGCUGACUUUACCUCUCCUGAUGAGCGGCUCACUCUCCGGUGGUCGAAGUCGGAACCCCAACUCCGGUAGAAGGUCAACGCAGUCAAGUCGUUUCCCCUACUUCCCUGGCUUGUCUGAGUCCUCUUCCUCAUCCCGGCGCUCCAGCUCCAGGCGGAAUCCGGUGUCAGUUGCGGCUCGCUCGGUCGCCGGAGUUAUCUUGGACUGUUUUACUCCUCCCGAGACCACUAACUCCAAGAAGUUCCCGGACGCUGUUGAGUUCAAAGCUCCAUCUGUUAAUUUGGGUAGCGCAAGAGGUGGUAGUAGGAGUUCCAACCGAGGAAUUUAUGUCAGUUCAUACAAUUCAACACAUGGGAGAGAGCCUGGGACCGUCAAGUUCACAAUAGAAGAAAUCUACAAGGCCACAAGGAACUUCUCCCCUGCAUUCAAGGUUGGACAAGGCGGAUUUGGGACAGUGUACAAGGGGACAUUGAAUGAUGGAACCCUUGUUGCAAUCAAGCGUGCUAAAAAGAUUGUGCAUAAUAAUAAGCAUUUGGGUGUUGAGUUCCAAAGUGAGAUCAAGACAUUGGCACAGGUGGAACAUUUGAAUUUGGUCAAGUUCUAUGGGUAUUUAGAGCACCAAGAUGAAAGAAUUGUUGUUGUGGAGUAUGUGUCGAAUGGAACAGUCAGGGAACACUUGGAUUGUUUGCAUGGAAAAGUUCUUGACCUUGCUGCACGGCUAGAUGUUGCAAUAGAUGUGGCUCAUGCAAUCACCUAUCUUCAUAUGUAUACAGAUCAUCCAAUCAUCCAUAGAGACAUAAAAUCUUCCAACAUCCUCCUCACUGAAAAGUUCCGGGCCAAGGUAGCUGAUUUUGGAUUCGCUAGACUGGCUGCUGACACCGACUCAGGUGCCACCCAUGUGUCUACCCAGAUUAAAGGAACCGCUGGUUACUUGGACCCAGAAUACAUGAGAACCUAUCAACUUACAGAGAAGAGUGAUGUUUUCUCCUUUGGUGUACUAUUGGUCGAGCUGGUCACAGGCAGGCGCCCCAUUGAGUCAAAACGCGAACUCAAGGAACGGGUAACCACAAGAUGGGUAAUGAAGAAGUUCAAUGAAGGAGAUGUCAUUUCAACCUUGGACCCGAAGCUAGACUGGACUGCUGAAAACAACUUGGCCAUUGAGAAAAUUCUAGAACUAUCUUUCCGAUGCCUAGCUCCACGUAGACAGAAUCGGCCUACCAUGAAGACGUGUGCAGAGGUCCUAUGGGGCAUCCGCAAGGAGUACAGAGAACUAUGUGCUUUAGAUGUUCAUUCCCUUUCCACUAGUUCCAAGAGUGGUUCGAUAAGAGAAACAUGAUCAAAUGGCUUAAAACAAAACGAGCUAAGCUGGCACCAUUUGGUUCAAAUGCAUAGAUAUAAUCAGGGUAGAUGAAAGCAGCAGAUGGGAAGACAUGGUAGCACUUCUUACCUUCCAAAAUUACCUGGGAAUCUGUUGAGAAGGGUAUUGUUUUUUAAUUUCUAGGGAGUGCAUUUCUGUUUUGGGUACCUGUGAAUCAUUGAUUUUUUGUGCCUUUUUUUUUUUCUUCUCUUCUGGAAUUCAUUGAUGUAUAUAUUCACAGGAAUGAUUUUUC